AUGUCUCCUGUGUCCUCCUCCGUGUCACGAAGCCAACGCUCGCAAUCCACGAAAGCGACAAACUCAUCUGCCAAGACUAGAAGAUCAUCCGCGUAUGACGACGAUUUCGAGCAGCAUCUUAUCGAUCACAAUAUAUACCCUGAUGGAUAUGAGUUUCCAGAUGACCGCAGUCACUCAACCCCAGAGCCUUGUAAUAUGGACACUAUUCGGCAAGACCUGCUAGCUGCUAGAGCUUCUCUCUCGCCCUCGCAUUUUUCAGAGGCGGCGUUCCGUGACUUUAAACGGAAAAAUAAAACAAAUUCCGAAGGCACAAUCAUGCGUAACGUCGUACCGAUUAUCGCAGGCAGUGCAAAUAUCCCAAACGAGGGUCAUCUUCCAUUCACAAACCUUUCCUCGCUGACAGCUGAGGCGACUGUUAAGCCCGUCCCUGACUUCUUUGACGGGGCUCAUCCAGGAUCUCUUAAUAAAGCACUGAGCGAGGCGCUGCAUCACGAAAUUAUACCCACAAAGCACGCUGGAGCCCCAGUUGCCGCUAAUUUCUUCCUGGAAGCAAAGGCCCGAAAGGGAGGCGCGAAUGUUGCAGAACUACAAGCACGCUUCGUGGGAGCGAAUGGAACCCGCACCAUGCACGCUUUGCAAAAUUAUAAGGAGUCGGCGCCUAUAUACGAUGGGAACGCAUAUUGUUUUAGUUCCACGUAUCACGACGGGACCCUGAAAAUCUACGCACAUCAUCUCAUGUCAGCCGUCACAGCCGGCGGGUCUCCUGAAUACCACAUGACCAAAAUACGUGGCUUUGAUAUGACGGACAAUCGUGCCACUUUUGUCCAAGGCGCAACAGUAUUUCGGAAUGCGAGACAAGUAGCUAAAUCGUAUCGUGAUCACUUUAUUCAGGCUGCAAAUAUGAAGCUGUUGAAGAUGGCGACGAUAUCUACGAUGAAGCUCAAAGAUUAA